ACACCAUUAUUUUAAUAUAGUCGUCACUCGACGCAGAGUAUUUUCGCGAUAGACGCCGAGUUUACAUUCGUUAUAACAUUUAGUCCAAACUCCUUUAAUUAGUCAAUAUGGGUUGCGGAAUGAGUACGGAGGAGAAGGAGGGCAAGGCCCGCAACGAGGAGAUUGAGAAUCAGCUUAAGCGUGAUAAAAUGAUGCAGCGCAACGAGAUCAAGAUGCUUCUUCUGGGUGCUGGUGAAUCUGGAAAGUCGACCAUCUUGAAGCAGAUGAAGAUAAUCAACGAGGGCGGUUACUCGCGCGACGAGCGAGAGUCAUUCAAGGAAAUUAUCUUCAGCAACACCGUUCAGUCCAUGCGCGUCAUUCUCGAGGCUAUGGAAUCCCUAGAGCUUCCGUUAGAAGACCAGCGAAUGGAAUAUCACGUUCAGACAAUUUUCAUGCAACCCGCUCAGAUCGAGGGUGACGUGUUGCCUCCUGAGGUUGGCAACGCAAUUGAGACUCUGUGGAAAGACCGUGGUGUCCAAGACUGUUUCAAGCGGUCGCGUGAGUAUCAAUUGAACGACUCCGCAAGAUACUACUUCGACAACAUUGCCCGAAUUGCUGCACCUGACUACAUGCCCAAUGAUCAGGAUGUCCUUCGAUCUCGUGUCAAGACAACCGGUAUCACUGAGACAACCUUCAUCAUUGGCGAUUUAACGUACCGAAUGUUCGACGUUGGUGGCCAGCGAUCAGAACGUAAGAAGUGGAUUCACUGCUUCGAGAACGUCACCACCAUUCUGUUCUUGGUCGCCAUCUCCGAGUACGAUCAGUUGCUCUUUGAAGAUGAGACGGUAAACCGUAUGCAGGAAGCUUUGACCCUAUUCGACUCGAUCUGCAACUCCCGAUGGUUUAUUAAGACCUCUAUUAUUCUCUUCCUGAAUAAGAUCGAUCGGUUUAAGGAGAAGCUUCCUGUCAGCCCAAUGAAGAACUACUUUCCCGACUACGAAGGUGGCGAUGACUACGCUGCCGCUUGCGACUACAUCCUAAACCGAUUUGUCAGCCUGAACCAGCACGAAACGAAGCAGAUCUACACGCAUUUUACAUGUGCAACAGAUACGACGCAAAUUCGCUUCGUUAUGGCUGCGGUCAAUGACAUAAUCAUCCAAGAGAACCUGCGUCUAUGCGGUCUUAUCUGAUUGAGAAUAAGAGUGUCACAAGCACAAGAUAUAUGAUAGAGCAACAGCUCACCCAAUACCCCCCGGUACCGCAUACUCGAUGGCUGCCAGUAAUGUUAUAAAUCUGGCUAACGACUUGACCUGCGCCCUCACCAUGAACUAGCCAACGAUCUCCUUCCAUGUGUUUGUUUUGC